UUAUUUUUAUCAAAUUCAUAUUUGAUCAAAUUCAUAUUUAUUCAUAUUUAUAUGGAUGAAUUGCAAUUCAAACUAUUUUUGCUCAGAUUCAUAUUUAACCCGUUUAAAUUCAAUUCAAUGGACGUGCCAUCCUUAGUCAUGAUUGACCCACUAAAAAAGGACCUCUAAAGGAUGACGUUUCCAUGAAAGUCGCUUUACUCCACAUGUCUCAUUGGAUAUAUAAUAGUAGGCCUAGAUAAUGGCAUUAACAGAGACCUUAAGAGGCAAAUUAUGGAUCAACUGAAGCCAAGGCCACCAAAUUCAAGUCCUCUUACUCCUCUUACCUUCUUAGAAAGAGCUGCUACCAUCUAUGCCGAUUGCCCUUCCGUUAUCUACAACAACACUUGUCACACUUGGUCCCAAACCCGUACCCGUUGCCUCAAAGUUGCCUCUUCUAUUGUUUCUCUUCUUGGUAUUCACACAAACCAUGUGGUCUCCGUUGUCUCCCCUAAUAUACCUGCCAUGUACGAACUUCAUUUCGCUGUUCCCAUGGCGGGUGCUGUACUCAACACCAUCAAUCUCCGUCUUGAUGCCCGAACUAUCUCCGUCCUCCUCCUUCAUAGCGAAUCAAAGCUCUUGUUUGUUGAUUGUCAAUCCAAAGUACUAGUUCUCGAGGCGCUGUCGUUAUUUCCUCCGAAAUCUGACCGUCCGCUUCUUGUUCUAAUUGAAGAUGAUGAAUUUUAUACUCCACUAACUAGUGAAUUUAUCAGCACGUAUGAGGAACUGGUGGAAAAGGGAGAUUCGAGUUUCAAUUGGAUUCGCCCGAAAAGUGAAUUUGAUCCGAUUGCACUGAAUUAUACUUCUGGUACUACAUCCGAUCCAAAAGGAGUGGUUCAUAGUCAUAGGGGUAUUUUCAUUAUUUCGUGGGAUUCUUUGAUUGAAUGGACUGUUCCGAAACAGCCGGUUUAUUUAUGGACACUUCCUAUGUUUCAUGCUAACGGAUGGAGCUAUCCUUGGGGAAUGGCUGCUGUUGGUGGAACCAAUAUCUGUUUGAGAAAAUUUGACGCAAGAGUCAUUUAUGACUCGAUCAAGAAACACAGCGUUACUCACAUCUGCGCUGCUCCUGUGGUACUCAACAUGUUGUCGAAUUCGCCUGACAGCAUGCCGUUAGAGCAUCCUGUAUAUAUACUGACAGCAGGAUCCCCACCCCCUGCUGCAGUUCUGUUUCGAACAGAGUCCCUUGGAUUUGUAGUUACCCAUGGAUAUGGCCUGACAGAAACUGGUGGACUAGUGAUUUCAUGCACAUGGAAAAAUCACUGGAAUAAAUUGCCGGCAACCGAAAGAGCAAGGCUGAAAUCAAGACAAGGGGUGAGGACCACAGGGAUGACGGAAGUGGACGUGGUGAAUCCAGAAUCUGGAGUCAGUGUGAAACGCGACGGUUUAACAUUAGGUGAAAUUGUACUAAAGGGUGCGUGUGUCAUGUUGGGUUACCUCAAAGAUCCUGAAGGAACGUCGAAAUGCAUGAAAGAUGACGGUUGGUUUUACACGGGGGAUGUUGCAGUUAUGCACCCUGAUGGGUACUUAGAAAUUAAGGAUAGAUCAAAGGAUGUCAUCAUAAGUGGUGGAGAGAAUUUGAGUAGUGUGGAAGUGGAAUCAGUGUUGUACACACAUCCGGCGAUUAAUGAAGCAGCAGUAGUGGCACGACCAGAUGAAUACUGGGGGGAAACUCCGUGUGCAUUUGUUAGUUUGAAUGGAAAAGAAAAGGCAAGUGAAAAAGAUAUUAUAGAGUUUUGUAGAGCCAAAUUGCCGCAUUAUAUGGUGCCAAAGACUCUGAUAAUCAAAGAAGAGCUUCCAAAGACAUCUACUGGGAAAAUUCAAAAGUUUGUGCUUAGAGAUAUGGCUAAAAGUAUGGGGAAAAGCAAGACGAGCAGAAUGUAGAGAUGAGUUAACUCGGCCUGGUUGUGUCAGCGACUAGGUUCAACUCAUUUGAGCGUCUUUUUCUUGUUUUUUAGUACCGCGUGGACUCUGGACAAACCAAGGAAAAACAUUAUAAUAUGAGUGUGGCAUGCGUAUGGUUGUUAAAUUGUUACUCCUCUGAUCUGAUGGUUUAAAUAGUAUUUCUUCUUGUUUAUAGUUUCUUCAACAAUGUGGAUUUGGCAUUUUGUCUAUAUACUCAUAAUUAAUUUUC